AUGGAGGAGGAGGGGACGGAGGAGGGGUGGGAGGAGGGGGAGGAGCCGGUGUUGGACUUCUUGGUCUUGCCAAUGGCUGAGGCGAGAUCAGCGGAAGGAGGUGUGCGCGCGAGGCAGCGCAAGGCGCACAGGACGAGCUUCGACCGGCUCGACCUCGAGAUGGACCUCGCGCCCGACAUUUCAGCGCACGCCCAAGCGAAGCACUCACCGGUGGUCCAGCGCCUCCGGCCGACGUCGAUGCUGAGCGUGUCGAGCUUCGCGACGUUCGUAACGGCGGAUGAGGGCGAGUCGAGUGACGAAGACGGCGGAGGGACGAUUCGCUCCAUAGCGACCGGUCGAGCGGAUGCGACAAUGGACAGCAAGUUGAGCGGAGCAACUAACGCAGGACUGGCACCAAUGCGCUUGCGAGACCCGUCUUUCGACCCGCCUCACACUCUUACGAAUGGCAACGCCGUACUCCUCUCCUUCCUCGGGGCAAGCACUGCUCCUUCUUCGUCGUCGACCGGCUCCGGCGGCACGCCCAGUGGCUUCAAUCUGACUGCUCGACGGCUGUCGCCGCAGGAAGUGGAGCAGCUGCGCGAGCGAGGAGAGAUCGAGGUUGCGCAGGUUGAGGUCGAGCAGGAGCAGUUGGCGGCGACAACCGAGCAGGAUUAUCAAGGCUGGUGGAGCUGGCUAUUCGGGGCAGGCGGGGGAAAGCAAGGUGUCGAGACGGAGGUGGAGCAGGAAGGCGGCUCGUCAAGCGCCUCAAGCUGGUUCGCCUGGCUCGCCUCCGCCUUCAUCCCGCAAGCUUCGUCGUCGAUCCAUAAUGCUGCAGUCAGGCGAAGUCGCACGUCAUCACGAACAGCAGCGGGGGAGACGACGUCGCGCCUGUCCGUAUUCUACAUCGACGAAGCAGGGCGGGGCGGACAGGCGUUUGUCGUUGCGCGAGGAGAACAAGGGCGGUAG